AUGAACAGCGACAGCGAGGUCGAGUUUGACUCAUCAGACGAUGAUUUGUCAAGCAAUGUACAGCAUAGUAAGAGGCCUUUCACUAGGCCAUUCGUGCAUCUAAAAAAGCGCUUGCGGGGUGCUCCCUGCAAGAGCAAAUACGAGGCUCUUAAAGCAGCUGGCAGAGUCCGUGAUCUUUGUUUUACGAAGAGAUACUCAAAUGCUGAUAUCGAGGGGUUGCUGAAGUCCAAUUUUCCAAGUUUGGCUGGUUUGGAUCUCACCAAGUAAGUGUUCAUUCGUAGUGUGUGUCUUAACUGCGUCGUCGUCUUCCAUAUUGUUGUCCUUUCAAGCAAAUCAUGCUGUUUUGUUUCUUCCCAAAGACUGAGAUUUCUAAAGUCGGAAAAGAGUGGCCACUCAAUGAAGGUUCUAUUCCAAGGUAUUCCAACUGGACUUGAGCUCGCGAAGGAAUUUAAAGGGUCUACGACCAAGAAAAUAUAUAUGCAUUGGAAAUCCAGUUCAGGUAAUUUUUUUCAUGUCUUCGAGAAUGCCGGGUCUAAAGUACAGGUCACAUUCCACAGGUCAUGAGUACAGGUCACAGCGCUAUCGAUAAAUUGCCAAACCACACAGAUUUCCCUUGAUCUAUAAGAGCAUUUGGUUAAGGGAUUAGGAGUAGGGGACACUUGUAAUGCUAUUUAUUUACCUGUGCGAGCAAGCUCUCCAUUUGGGCGAUAUCGGAAAAAGACACAAGAGGCACGCUUGAGGAGACGCUAAAAACGGGGGGGGGCUUCGCCGCCCGCCCGCGUGUUCUCGCGCGGCUCGCUUCGCUUGCCCAAAUAAGAGAAUUUGCUCGUAGGGUACCUGCAUUCUGGCCUGUCUUUUAGACCCUUGAGAACGUAGCCAUAAAAAUCUGAAAAAUGAACCAGGUUGCCCUUUACUUAAUAUUUGGGUGCAGGUGAGCUGGCAAAAAUCCUAAAAUACAUGCCCUGUUUACACCAACGCCCUCAGGGUUAUUACCCUGUUUCUCCAGUUUUUUUUUUUUUGAGUGGAGAGGGUGGCUCCACACAGGUUUAUUUAGAGGACUAAAUGUGCGCCAUCUUCUUUUAAAGCCAUUUAAUGGCAGAUUUUACAGUAGAGCAAAUUCACGUUGUAGUCCUUGCUGCUGUAUACUUAGAGCACAAAGAAAGUUCAUCAAGCAAAUCACAUCAAGGGUGCAGGCAUUAGUUAGUUUAUAAUCAGGACAGACUUACCUGAAUAAUAUUCCCUAAUUAAGACAUACCAUAACUCCUCUAUAAAGCUCCCUGUGGUGGCUUGGUUAUUUCAAGCCCAUUAGAGACAAGGGAUUUAUCAGUGGAGAGGCUUAUUUGAGAGUUGGGGGGGGGGGGGGGGCUUGAAAGAGGAGUUUUGUUAGUUGCGUAAAAUUGAAUGGUAACUGGUUGUCCCAAUACAAGUUCUUUCGGAUUAACUCAGUCAUUGAAAUUAAUUAAAAAUUUCAAUCUCUUCAAUAUAGAGGCGGUCAAAAAUCCAUACCCUGACUCUUGUUUGACAGCCACUUUCUUGUAUCCCCAAGGUGGCCAUGGUUCAUCUGUACUGAAUCCACCUUGCAUCUAAGUUCAGAAUUUCAAAGACGUCCAGAGACUGCACAAAGUUGACAUUGGAUUAUACUUAAGGGAGGGUCGUUUGCUGGAGGUUGCUUGCACAAGAAUGUUUGACUGUACAGAAAAUUAUUUUGUCACUAUCUAUAGGAGUGUGGGCAAAGUAGACAUUAUAAGCAAUUCACGUGAGUAACAAAACAAAACCACAGAAUCUCAAAAAACUUUCUGAAAACCUAGGUUACUAUUAUAUUUUGGAAUGUUGGUGAACUUGAUUUCUUAUGGCCUAAUUCAUUAUUAGUGGAAACCACUGUGGUUGGACAAGAAAGAAGAUAUACAUGUAAAAGAGGACUCACACUGAAUUUUGAGUUGAUAUAGGCAAGGAAAUUCCACACAUGAAUUAGAACAACAUAUAAAUUGAUUAUUGUCAAAUCUAUUGAACACUUCUUUUUUUUUUCUAGGUGUAACAGCAACAACAUCAAAUCCAACAUCUAAUCCAACAACUGCCACCCCAUUAGUGACCAUCUCAUCAACCUCAACCACUACUUCAUCAUCGAGAACUACAUCGACCCCAAUUUCAUCAUCCAGAACUACAUCAACCACAACAUCAUUACCCAGAACUACAUCAACGACAACAUCAUUACCCAGAACUACAUCAACGACAACAUCAUUACCCAGAACUACAUCAACGACAACAUCAUUACCCAGAACUACAUCAACCACAACAUCAUUACCCAGAACUACAUCAACCACAACCGCGACAUCUACACCUUUAUCAACUGCAACCACACCACCAAGGACUGCAACUACCUGUACAUCGUCCACAACUUCUUUAACUGGAACUACGUCGUUCUUGACUUCGUCAAUUGGAGUUACAUCAUCCCUGACUUCAUCAACUGCUGCUACUCGCACAUCAUCUGCGACUUCAUCAACUGGAACUAUGUCAACCCUGACUUCAUCAACUACCAGCUCCUCACAUAGUUUCUUACCAGCUUUCACCUCAUCAACAACCUCCUCUUCAUCCAACAUCCCAUCAACAGCCAUGCCAUCACCUGCAUUCUCCAUUCAUACAGGACUAGGUAGAGAGAGUUACAGCUCAUAGACAAAUAUUCUAGAGCGGGUGUCCGAAGUACCAUCAUUGUUAAGCGGCACACAAAUACACUGACUAGGCACACUGUAUGCAAGGUUCUUUUAUCAGCCUAGGGACAGGGCUUCUGAUAUUUCGCGCGGUCGCGGACCCGCGAAAUUCAGGUAUUUCCGCGAAAUCCCGCGAAAUUCCCCCCAAAACGCGAAAUACCGCGAAAUCCGCCAGAAAUAUUUCCAAAUACAUGUCGGCAAAACAUAUUUAAUACUUAUCUUGGCUAUUAGACCGGUUUUAUUCACCCCAAACGUCCAAACUUAGCUUGAAACUUCAUCACUGCAACGAGUAAACAACGUCCCAAAACUACCAGGCGUUUUUAGAUGAACGUUGCGAAAAACUGGGCACUAACCAUAAUGUUGAUAGCUUUAACAUGUGCUUAUUUCUCGAGCGAACUGUUGUUGAAAGAGCAAAUGAUUAUCCGUGUUAAAAAAAGCGUUCACCAACGCUGGUCAUAUCGACGCAAAAUUGAUCGAUUUUAGCGAAAUUUGCCAAAAAAACCCCAGCGAAAUCGGCUGUUUUUUACUGAUUGUUUCUUGGCGAAGUUUCCCCCCGAAAUUUCUCGUGAAAUCGGCCGAUUUUCCUAAGAAAUUCUUAGGAAAUUAUUUGCCCCUGAAAAUCCUUCGAAAAUUGACUCUUUUCCGCUAAAAUCCCUCGAAAUGGGCCGAUUUUCCUGCGAAUUUUGACUUUUCUCCCGCGAAAAUCGCCUGAAAUCGGCCGAUUGUUCCGCGAAUUUUGACUUUUUCCCGCGAAAAUCCCGCGAAAUCGGCCGAUUUUUCCGCGAAUUUGCCCCUGAAAAUCCCGCGAAAUUUUGCUUUUUUUCCGCGAAAUAUCAGAAGCCCUGUAGGGACAAUAAUUUAUACAGAACAUAUGCAGAUACAAUCCAUAUAACGUUGCCCUAAGCUGUUCAGUGUACGAACUUACCGACACUGAUGUUGCACAUAUUUUAUAAACAUUAAAAACUAUUUUUUCCAGAAAAUAAAAACUGUAAGAGUAUAAAAACUAAUCAAGGGGAAGUAAGUAUCUACAAUAAUAAAAUACUAACCUGGCUGCGGCUGCUCACAGAGUCCAAAUUCCACAAAAGUCCCCUAAAUGGUACUCUUAUAAAGGAACAGUAAUCAUUAGUCAAGAGCUAUAGUUACAUAUUCUUUUUGUGGGGGAGGGGGGAAAGUGAGGUCCCCUAAUAACAGAGAAGAUCCACAUCAUUUAACCACAUUAGUCUAGGUCAACGAAAGCUGGCUUCCAUUAAUAAUAUUAGGGCACGCAAAAUAGAGAACUAAUGAAAUUAGUAAUAGAAACAAAUUGAAUUAUUUGACUUAGCUUAAUUUGAGUUGUGCAUGGUCAUCAUCUUCAAUUAGCUCCUCUUAUAUUUAAUUUACACAAUAUUUAGUCAGGGGUGCCCAUUUGGGAGAGGCUGGUUUGAAUGAGGCAUUUUUGAUUGAGGGAGGCAGGAGAGGUAAGGGGUAGGAGAGUGGCUUUAUGAAGUUUAAAUUACAACUUCAUGAAACAAUAACCUUGGUAUAAUAUAGUUUACUUGAGCAUUUUUUGGUCUUAGUGAACAAACAUGAUUUAUUUGUCGCUUAUCUAAUCUUGUGCCAGUUAUAUAUACAUCACUGCAUGACUAAUUAUUGUCCUCAUAUUAAUUAUUGUUUCAUUUUAAAAUAAUUUAGUUUCAAGUAGUGCAAGAGCAACACCCACAUCAGCAACAGCCUCUAUUACAGUUACGGCAACACCACUGUCAGUUCCUAGAGAUGGUUGUAAGUUAACUGGAAUUAUGUCUGUGAGAGUUUGAUACCUUUAAAAAAAAUUGUUGCUUUGCACUCAUGAUCAUUGCUUUUAAUUUUGUUGAUGGGAGUAUUUUCUGAGACAGAGCAUUGAAAAUCGGUCAUAAUUAGCAAAUAAAUCCAUUUUGUUUUAAAUCUCUGAACAUUUCACUGAACAUAUUCUUGUGUUGCUGUUGAAGUACGUUGAAGUAAAAUUAAUAUAACAAAACACUUGAUGUCAGGCCCCUCGGGAAACCAGUUAGUUUUGUUUUACCUCAAGCCCUGAUAUUUCCCCAAGUGAGUCUUAAAAGGUCUUGUUUAAUACAAUGAGUAGGCCCAUGAUCUGCUCUCACAAAGUCACGCUUUCAUAAUUUACAAGCAAUAAAAUGUCUGUUUGUUAAUCGUCACCAAAAUUGAUAAAAAUUUUAAUUUUAAGGACGAUUUAAAUGCUCAAUCCAGCACAACACUUUUUUUUUUUACCAGUAUCGACAAGAAGGCUCCUAGCAAGAUUAGCUGGACAAAACAAUGCAAAUGAUGGUGAGUGAUAUUUUUAUGUUAUCUCUGGUUCUCUUAAAAAACAUACGUUAUAUAUAAUACAAGGCUGUGCUUUAAAGAAAAUUAAAGGGAGCCCAGUGCUCUUAAUCUCUGAAACCAUAGGUGCCCAGCAUGUGAUUUGUAUGAAAAAAAACUAAGAUUUUCUAGUCGCCCAAGAGCAAAAAAUGGGCAAUUCCAGAAAAUAUCCAUACCCAACCACGGACAGCUUCCAUGUUUUAACCCCCCCCUUGCCUUCGGAAAUUCAAAAAUGCGCUACCCCCCCAUGCCCUCAGAAUUCCAUAGUCGUGAACCCCCCCUCCCCUUCAGAAUUUCCGGUUUUUUUUGGAAGUACAUUUUCGACUUAGCAACGCCUAUAAGAACAAACGAACAUGAAUUUAUGCCUCCUCAAGGCUGUGAUCUAGCGGCGCCAUGUGACAAGCUUUACUCUUCAGUGACAAGAAAAACCUACGCUAGUUGCCAGGCCGUGCAAACUCCUUUUUAAGUCCGAAUUUGGCUAUAAAAAUAAACACCACUUAAGGUAAUUUUACUCCUCUUUGUUUUCUUGUGCUGUUUUGACGUUUACAAAGGAAAAUAGCUCAAACAGACUGUUAAAAUCUUUUGGCGGUCAAAUAUACCGUCGAGUCGUGUUGCGUCCUUUUAUACGUCAUGUAGUGCGCACGAAAAACGUUCUAAUCUGACAGGCGUUCCUUGGAAGUGAGGGACUGGUGCGAGUUUUUUACUGUUUAUCGGACGGUUUCGGACGGGAGUAACAAGAAAUUUGCAAGGGGUAUUAAAAGAUACAUUUUCAGUUUUUAUUCACGUGACAAGAAAUUCAUCAAGGUAAAUGUGAAACCAACGUUUUACUGUUCACUUCUAUAAGUUAUGAGCGUAAACACGUGUCUGAUCUAUCGAUGCUUGUCUUCUGCUUCCGCGGUCAUACGUUCGUGGUUUAUUUACGAACUACAAAAGUCCACAACAAUAGCGUUUUCCAGGAACUUACUCUACACUUUCUACUCCAGAAAUCCCACCAGUGGAAUUCCCCCAUACCUUCGGAUUUCAAAUCGUAAAUACCCCGCCAUGCCUUCAGAAUUCCAUAAUCGUGAAUCCCCCCUCCCCUUCGGAAAUCCUUAAAGCCGUCCGUGGUAUGGUAUGGAUAUUUUCUGGAAUCGCCCAAUGGGCACCAGGGGCCACCGGGUGCUGCUACAGCACAGCCCCAUAUUAUUAUCAGAAAGUUAUAACCCCUUGUGAGUUUCUGAUAAUUAUUAUAUAAUAAAUGUAAAUAAACUGAAUGAAGUCUACAUACCUUCAAACCAUAACCACUCCAGUAGAAGGGUUGUUACCAAGAUUUCAAUUCAAUGGUAAACUGAUAUGCAUGCAUUAAAAAGGCAAUGAGAAGUUAUUUUCUUUUUCUUUGUCUGUUUGUUUGUUUUACUUCCCAUGCAGGUAUCGUCGGAACUUGCUGAAAGUAACAGGCUGGGGAAAUUCCUGUUUCCACGCCUAGUGACUGCUUUACGUCUCCUUUUCUUGUUUUUUGGUCUUUUACAGGUAGUCUGAGUACCUGAGGAGUUAAUUGUUGAGCUAACUGCCAGCCCCUCCUUCUUCCUUGAGAAAUUGAAACUGCUGCAAGAAAAAAUAAUGUUGACAUGCAUUUAACAAUAAGCCCAUCAAACUGUCGUCUAAGAACUCAAGGCAUUGUUGAUGGCUAAUAUCAAAUUCUCUACCUUUCCCACAGACGUAUCCCUAAGUCCACCCGAAGAUGAUGAUCUGGUUGUCUUGGAUCACAGUCCAACCCAUUGUAAGGAAAAUACUGGUGUAAUAUAGAAUCUAAUAUCAUAAAUUUAACUCCCAUGAAUGUUUUGGAUUUUGGGAAAUACGUUCCUGUAUUCUGGGGUACUUAUUGGCAAACUAGGCUAAGUUUAUAAGAUCCUAAUUACGAUUCUCGAUUUUUAUACCACCAAUAUAUAAUACUCUUUUGGGGAUUUCCAGUUUUUCUGUUACACAACCUGUCACCUCGCAGCACUGAUGAGGUCUGAAUGGUUCAGAUGAAAUAUUUGUUUCAUUAUUAUUUUUCUUAUUUUUUGGCGCUGAGUUUUGGAAUUUUCUGUUAGUAUUAAAAUUAAUGUUGUAUGAAGGAGAUCAUAGAUCAGAUUGUUCAUUACCAGAAGAGUAAAUGAGCUUGUGUUAAGUUUGCACCGUAAAUAUACUGUAAUUUAUAUACAUGUAGUGAUAAGAACUCCUGCAGGAUUUCACAUAAAGUUUAACUGCUCAACCACUUAGCACAGGUGAUUAUAUUGCAUUAUUGCGCCGACCUACAUGUAAGUUUACAGGCCUAUUACAUAAGAAGUUAUUGUAUGAAAAAGUAACGGACAUUUCAAAAAGUACCGAAUUUUUGGUUAUUUGGCAAAUUUAUUCAAAAUUUAUUUCCUUUGCCUACAUGACUUGAAAGUCACACUGCCUAAUUUGUUGCAAUUGACUAAGGUGCCUCAUUCAUUUGAUUGCAUGUAGAUUCAAGUACAAGAGCUUCAAUGACCCAAGGUGUUCAACCACUUGGUGGAGGUGACUUGGAAACAUCUUAUGGUAUUGUUACCCUGAUUUAGAAGUUAGACAAAUUAAUUUCACAUAAAAACUCUUUACAUUAUGUUGAAAAAGUACUGGACACUUCUAUAAGUAUAGGUUCUAAUAUGUUACCUGCAUAAAUCAAAAGUCAAUUAAGCUGCUUGAGUAAAUUAGGUUGCAAUUAUGUUGAUUCCACUUCAAGAGCCUCUGUCACCCAGUUGACUAAGAUGUCUCCUUUAUCUGAUUUCAUGUAGAUUCAAAUACAAGAUCAGCUUCAACUGUUCAAAGUGUUACUGCUCAACCAAGGAGAACAGGUGACCAAACAUUAUAUCGUAUCAUUAGGCGAUAUACAUGUAGGUUUAUAGGCGUAUCAGUUAGGAACUUGUUGUAUGAAAAAGUACUGGACAUUUUAAGUAUCUCAAUCAAAUACUACUUUGCUUACAUAAAUCAAAAGUUAAUUAAGCUGCUUAGUACAUUAUGUUGCAAUUGACCAAGUAGAUUCUAGUAAAGAAGCUUCUGCUAAGCCAAGGUUUAACUAUCCAACACGUAUCACAGUUGAGCAAAAUAAUGUUUUGAAUAAUUAUGGCAUAUUCUGUAUGCUGGAACAUUAAUUUCAUGUAGAUCUAUGUAUGAGAUAGAAAUUUAUGCGAGGAUCAUUAGGGAAAGGGGAAAAAAAACCAAGGAAAAAAAUAGACAUGAGUGAAGGUCAGUGUGCUCUUGAAAAAAUAAUAAUGUUAAUAAUUACACUUACUGGAAAAAAAAAAGAACAAAAGAAAAAGACAAAAAUCUACUGUUGACAAAAAAAAAACAAAAUUACAAAAAUAGUGAUACACAUAACUGCAACGAAACAAAUCAACAUAUUGUUAUCCUGCUUGAAAAUUUAUGCUCGCUGAAAUUUUUCCACGUCUUACAGGAUUCUUUCAAGGGAUCCCAUUUAAUGGAACAGGGAUACAAGGUAAACACCCCGGCAAAUUACAUCCAUGCAUAUAAUGAAUCUUGAUUUUUUAUCAUAAGACUUCUAAAUGUUAUUAGCAUAAAAAUAUUGACCGUAUCCUUAAUGGGUCUCAACAGGCCACUAGAAAAAUAAUUGGUGAGAAUUGCGAAUCCACCAAAAGGCUUAGUUAGUUAUAAAUUAAGCAAUUUCAGCUUUUUUCUAUACAUCUGUCCUCUAUGCGAACUAUCAAUAUUAGAAGGAAUGUCUUGAUUUAGCUUUAUUUGUUCAACUACAAAAUUGCUCAUGCAGUCACAUUGUUUGAUUUCUCUACAAUAUCAACACCUACACUGAUAUAGCUGGAACAGUCAAGCAAGACCUUUUUCCUUUUGGCCUGGGAGGUAAGCAAUCUGCUCUAAAGUUCAGCACUUACAUGUACCUGUUCUCUUUCGCCUUCUUUUUGUCUCGAUUCAAUCCCGAAUUUUUUUAAAAUAAGACAGAGAUAUUGACUCAGUGAGGGCAUAUAAAAAAUUGGACAUAUUUCAAAUGCAGUUACUGAUAAAAUAGAGGUCAAUGUUUAAAUUGCAGUUGAAUGUAUUUUUCUUGUGAUAGGACCAACACGCAGAAGAAAGUCACCUUCCGAUGAAGUGGCAAAUUGCCAGUGUCUCUUACAGUCUUCAAGUGACCAGACAUGCAUGCUGCCAUUUUUUAACCAUUCCUUCGAAGAGGUAUUAAAUUAUUAAUGAAUUAUUGCUAACAAAGGAAGGCUUAAUCACCUAAUUUUCUUAACAGUUCAAAUCAAAGUGACAAUAGACAAAUAUUAACUAUAAUUUAUUUACUCCAUUACUCUCCCUUUGUUAUUUAUUACAGUUAUGCUGGCAGGCAAAUGAAGACUGCAAGGGAGUGAUUGUUACCGUAGUAAACAAAAGGAAAACGAUUGAUGAGAAGAGAAGAGAUUUGUUGAGGCAUGUAAAACCUUCCUUCUGUGACGAUGCAAAAGCAGUUGCAUGCAUGUAUUCAAGGGAGAUAUUAAUAAUUAUUAUUACAUCAUAAUUAUACCAAUACUGACUUUUGAAGUUUCUUACUGCAGGGUGCUUCAUGAGAUGGAAUGUAAACACAGUGAAAAUUGGUUGUUUUGGAUAGGAGAAACCAGCUCCACUGACGGGUUGAAAGGUGAAGGUUUUACAUCAUGAAAAUGAUUUGUCCACAGCACAAUGCCACUUACUGUAUAUAUAAAACCUCUUUUGAAAGAACAGUGCACACACCUGUGUACAGGUGUAGUAAACUAUAAUAUUAAUAGAUUUUUGCUAGGGAGUCAUUAGGCCAUGUGGAACUAUAAGGUAACACUUAUCGAAUCACAAACAUCUCUUUGUUUAAAUAACAGGCAACUGGAUUAAUGACUUCAUCAGAAAUUUUUGACAAGACGUUUACUUGUAAAUUAUUUAUCCUUGUUAGUUAUAGACAUUUAUGGUGGUGACCCACGCACAGAAAGGAUACUUUUCCUGGUCCCGUCAGUGGGUAGAAGUCCUUCGUUGUUGGGACAGAUUUCA